GGCGAAUCUCUCCUGGUCUCAGGGCAGAUGUGGUCCGAGGGCAGGACGGCGAAUCUCUCCUGGUCUCAGGGCAGAUGUGGUCCGAGGGCAGGACGGUGAAUCCCUCCUGGUCUCAGGGCAGAUGUGGUCCGAGGGCAGGACGGCGAAUCUCUCCUGGUCUCAGGGCAGAUGUGGUCUGAGGGCAGGACGGUGAAUCCCUCCUGGUCUCAGGGCAGAUGUGGUCCGAGGGCAGGACGGUGAAUCCCUCCUGGUCUCAGGGCAGAAGUCAUUUUUCUGUUCUCAGGGCAACAUAGUUGGACAAAAGGGAGUCAGCUGUCUUCUCUGGUCUCAGAGCAGAAGUCAUAUUUUUUUAUGUAUUAUUUAGUAUAUUAGCAGUUUGUAUAAUAUGCAGCGCUGCCUGGAAGACUUUAUUGAGGGCUCAAAUUUCCAUCAAGCGAAAAAGUCGGGGGUGAGAUAAAUGCAGCCAAGACUUGUAAAAUAGAAAAGAGAAGAUGAAAAAACUUAUUCUUCUUCUUCGACUAUGUUAGUUAAAUAUUUAUCAGGACCGAUCAGUUUGAUGUUUAGCCUGUGUUUCUCCAAAAAUCUUUGUUCAAGUAUAGUGUCUUUUCUAAUUUCAGAAUAUGGCGACACAUUGGGUGAAUGGUGUUAAAAAACGGUUGAAGAAGCCACAUGACUCCAGGGUCAACCAAGAUGUUGUUGUCAUUAGGGGGGAUGCCAAGGAGUUCAUGGAGGGUUACAUUAAAGAAGUGCAGGAGAAGGAGCAUUGCUACUUCAGACCCCCAGUCUGCCGCCGGCAGGACUAUUAUUACUAUGGCUGUGACCGUGGGAAUCACGCUGCAGGCAAAAGUAAUGGAGAAGCCACACAAACUCGGGCCAAUUCUUGCAAGGCAUACAUCUCUUUCAAAGUCAUCACAGAUGCCGGAAUAUCAGGUGCCAUAAUCCAAAAGAUGCUACAGCACACUGGCCAUGACGAGGCUAAUUCUAAAGAGAAAAACCGCAUCCACCCAGACCUGCAUUCGCUCAUUGAAAUAUGGUUUCAACAGGGUUGUUCUACUUCUGAGAUCUUAAUAAAAAGCUAUGAUUGGGCUCAACAAAAUGGGCAUUUGGACAAAAAAGACCGCCGGUUUUACUUAACCCCUAAUGACAUUAGGCUUUUAAAGAAAAACCUCAGAGGUGUGGGUGACAGUGAUUCUGUCAGUGUGGACCAUUUGGUUUCCAUGGAACUCAGAGACAACAUCUGUUUUUAUCAGCCACUUCACAAUGAACAACCAUUCAUUUUAGUUGUACAAACACCAUUUCAAAAACAACUUUUGGAAGAGAACCCUCAUCCAAUGGUUUUCAUGGAUGCUUCAUACAAAGGCAUAACAGCCUACGGGUAUGCAUUUUAUGCACUGUUAUUGAUAAACAAAACUGGAAGAGGCGUGCCAUUUGCCUAUUUUAUCCUGAGCAAGGAAACUACUGCAACAGUAAGCCUCUGCCUACAGAAGCUUCAAGUGAGUAACCCAAGCUUCUAUCCAAGGUCAGUGAUGAUGGACCGUGACUUGAGAGUGCUUAAUGCUAUUAAAAGCAUUUUCCCAAAUGCAAAGCUUCUCCUUUGUUGGUUCCAUGUGCUUCAGGCUGUUAACCGGUGGCUUGUGAAGACAGAUGGAGGUCACCUGACACCUGAACAAAGAAAUGUGGUCAUUCAUGCCAUGGCAUCAAUGAAAGCAUGUCUGACGGAGGAAGAGUUUCUCAAUGUAUCUGCCAAGAAGUGCAGUGAGAUCGACACCUUUUUGGGUAGUCCCCAUGUAACAACUUAUCUGAAGACAAAUUGGUUUACCUAUGCGGAGCUGUGGGUAAACUUUGGCAGAACGUUCUAUCACUGCAGCAGUGAGACAAACAACAAGGCUGAAAGAUUCUUCCUUACGUUGAAAUACCAGUUCCUGCGAGGCCAGGCAAACCGAAGAGUCGACCAACUUCUGCUUUUGCUAUGUGGAGAUGUAGAAAAGUAUUACAGCUACAUGGAUGGACUCAGCGAAGCAGGACGACUGACAUUAUCCAGCUCUACUGCUCACCAGGCUGCUGCGCUGCUGUUUAAAAAUGGUGUUGGCAAAGAUUUGGACAUAGAAGCGGGGCAGUGCUUUGUGCCGUCACAGUCGACCAACACAGCCUACAAAGUUAACUUGUUACACUUCACGUGUGAAUGCACCAAUUUCCGGAUGGGAAACAUAUGCAAACAUCUUCUCUUGGUGAAGAUGGAGGUAGGCAGGAGAGGUAUUGACAUUGAAAAAAUGCGGAAUAAAAAAGCGCUAGAAAUCAUCAGCCUCCGUCUCUACCAGCAGACUGAAGAUGAAAUAACCAUCUUCAAUAGUGAUGGGACUAUGAGUAUUGUGAAUAGGAAAACUCCGACUUUGUGCACAUGCAUUGCUAAUAGUUUUGGAGAAAGAUGUGUUUGCAUACAUGUCACGCAUGUCCUCAAGCCUCAAGACAUUCUCACAGACCCCAAAGAAAAUGCACCAGUGUCUGAAGCCUCCCAUGGGAAUCCUCCCAUACAGUCCAUGUUAUCAGACCUACUAGAGUGGAGCAAGUCCGAAGCAUUUGAACAUACCCCUGAACUGUACAAUACCAUCCAAAGAGCACACAAGCUGGCUUUUGGAAAAUUCACUGCUGUGUCCAGAAAAAGGAAAAUUACCCCUUUACAUGGUUACCGUAAAAAAAUUAAAAAAGCUAGACUGCAGAGAGCAGUAGUUGAGAACUUUAAAAACAAAAGAAGAGCAAGAAGAACUUAAUUCUGUUAUUCUGGAGG